AUGCAGAACCUCCAGAGAAACAGAAACAGAACCACCAAAGGCAGAGGAACUGCACCUCCAAAGACAGAAAAAAAAAUAUUCAGAGACACAGAAAAAGAACAUCUGGAGACAGGAAAACAAAACCACCACAGACAGAGAAACAGAACCACGAGAGAUAGAAAAACAGAACCGCCAGAGACAGAAAAACAGAACCGCCAGAGACAAACUGCACCUCCAGAGACAGAAAAACAGAACCACCAGAG